CUAAACAGCAUCACCAUGUCUGUUCGAUACAGCUCAAGCAAGCAGUACUCUUCCUCCCGCAGUGGGGGGGGAGGAGGAGGAGGAGGAGGGUCAUCCUUCAGAAUUUCAAGCAGCAAAGGCUCCAUUGGUGGAGGAUUUAGCUCAGGGGGGUUCAGUGGUGGUUCUUUUAGUCGUGGGAGCUCUGGUGGAGGCUGCUUUGGGGGCUCAUCAGGUGGCUAUGGAGGAUUAGGAGGAGGCUUUGGCGGAGGAGGCUUUGGUGGAGGAGGCUUUGGUGGAGGCUAUGGAAGCAGCAGCUUUGGUGGGGGCUAUGGAGGAGGCAGCUUUGGAGGGGGCAGCUUUGGUGGUGGCGGCUUCAGUGGAGGCAGCUUUGGAGGCUUUGGGGGUGGAUUUGGAGGAGAUGGUGGCCUUCUCUCUGGAAAUGAAAAAGUAACCAUGCAGAAUCUGAAUGACCGCCUGGCUUCCUACUUGGACAAAGUGCGGGCUCUGGAAGAAUCAAACUAUGAGCUAGAAGGCAAAAUCAAGGAGUGGUAUGAAAAGCAUGGCGGCUUAGGCCAGAGAGAACCUCGUGACUACAGCAAAUACUACCAAACCAUCGAUGAUCUUAAAAAUCAGAUCCUCAAUCUGACAACCGAUAAUGCCAAUAUCCUGCUUCAGAUCGACAAUGCCAGGCUGGCAGCUGAUGACUUCAGAUUAAAGUAUGAGAACGAGGUCACCCUGCGCCAGAGCGUGGAGGCUGAUAUCAAUGGCCUGCGCAGGGUGCUGGAUGAACUGACCCUGACCAAGGCUGACUUGGAGAUGCAGAUCGAGAGCCUGACUGAAGAGCUGGCCUACCUGAAGAAGAAUCAUGAAGAGGAAAUGAAAGACCUUCAAAAUGUGUCCACUGGUGAUGUAAAUGUAGAAAUGAAUGCUGCCCCAGGUGUCGAUCUGACUGAACUUCUGAAUAACAUGAGAAACCAGUAUGAACAACUUGCUGAACAAAACCGCAAAGACGCUGAAGCCUGGUUCAACGAAAAGAGCAAAGAACUCACUACGGAAAUCAAUAGUAACAUCGAACAAAUGUCCAGCCACAAAUCGGAGAUUACUGAAUUGAGACGCACGGUUCAAGGUCUGGAAAUCGAACUACAGUCCCAACUAGCCCUGAAACAAUCCCUGGAAGCCUCCUUGGCAGAAACAGAAGGUCGCUACUGUAUGCAGCUCUCCCAGAUUCAGGCCCAGAUCUCCUCUCUGGAGGAACAACUGCAACAGAUUCGAGCUGAAACCGAGUGCCAGAAUGCUGAGUACCAACAACUCCUGGAUAUUAAGAUCCGACUGGAGAAUGAAAUUCAAACCUACCGCAGCCUACUAGAAGGAGAAGGAAGUUCCGGCGGCGGCGGCGGCUACGGCGGCGGGCGCGGCGGCGGAAGUUCCGGCGGUGGCUACGGCGGAAGUUCCGGCGGCGGUGGCGGCUACGGCGGCGGCUACGGCGGCGGAAGUUCCAGCGGUGGCGGCCACGGCGGUAGCGGCCACGGGGGUAGCUCCGGCGGCAGUCACGGGGGUGGUUACGGCGGCGGCAGCUCCGGCGGCGGCGGUGGCCACGGCGGCAGUUCCAGCGGCGGCGGCUACGGUGGAGGCAGCUCCGGCGGUCACAAGUCCUCGUCUUCUGGGUCCGUCGGGGAACCCUCUUCCAAGGGACCAAGGUCAGCAGAAACUAGCUGGGAUACUAACAAAACCAGAGUAAUCAAGACAAUUAUUGAAGAGGUGGCACCUGAUGGUAGAGUCCUUUCAUCAAUGGUUGAAUCAGAAACCAAGAAACACUACUAUUAAGCCGCAUCAAGAGGAAAGAGUCUCCCUUCACACAGA